AUGGCCUACCUGGUGAAAAAGAUGGCAGCCUUGUGCUGGUUGCGAUCCUGUCUUGGCGCUGCUGAAAUGCCAGAUGUUUCUCUAGUGCCAUAUCAGAGAGUAGCAGCUUCGAAGCUUCUUUGGGCCAUCAUUGAAUGUGAUGCGCAGGGGCCUCAAGUUAAGAGACGCACAAAGGGUGGGCGCUUGCUUGGGUGGACGCACAAAGGGAUGCCGGACAAGCGCGGGCAUCGGCGCACCCCGGCUCAAGUUCAGCGAGAAGGUGCUAAGAGGAUCGAGAGGAAGAACCAGGAGUUGAUGGCUCUCCGUGAGGAGACACUGGUGAAGAAGGAGGAGGUGGAGGCACUGCGAGACAGGGUCGAGCAGCGCGAACUGAAGAAGGCCACACUCAUGCAAAAGCUGCAGCACCUCGAAAGUAGCCGCAGUGACUCCAGUGGUUCCUCGAGCUCUUCUGAAAGUUCCUCUGAAGGCUGGGCAGAAUGCCAAGUGAACAAUGCUUUUUUGGAGGGUGCUGAACAAGUACCGACUUUAUUUCAGAUGACGUGUUUGCUUGUGCCGGGGACCAUGAUAGGACCUGGUGUGGCCGAGAGCAAGCAGAUGUCAGGGCCCUCUGCCCAUGCAGCUGGUGUGAAAAGAGAAGGCUCCAGCGAGGGCGUGGCGCCCAAAAAGGCACCGAAGGACAAACGCUAUGCCUGGCGAGACCGCCGAACCGAGGGUCAGCUGAAGGCUGAAGCUGAGGUGACAGAGAACCUGGAAAAGGUGGAGCAGGACAUCCUGUCAGAACGUGAAGUGCAGGCAGAGCUCGAAAAUGAGAAACAGGAGCUAAAGGAGAAGGAGGCUGCCCUGACCAAAGAGAUUGAGGAUCUCAAGCAGAAAGAGAGGACCAUUUGGUACAUGUCGGACUUUUCAGGGCUGGAUCUUCCUGCCUCUGCCAUGCGUCGUGUGAAGCCUGACAUGGUCCACUUGUUCUCCUCUGAAGUGGACUCGUUUGGCUUCAAGUGCUAUGUUGCUGACCUAACAGGCUGUGUGGUCACAGCAGUACCCCGAGAUGUUUUGUUUGAGGCACUCUCGCAACUGGAGCCAGACAUCUUCGUUCUGCGGAUGAGUGUUGACCGCCAAGAUGAGGUCUACGCGAUGAUCCUCACCCAUGGCUUUGAUGAAGGCUAUGACCUCGAAACAUGGGCCCAUGGGCAGGACCGAACUAUGGCAUUUGUGGCUGGCAUCCAAAAGACCGAGAGUGCUAUCUUGGCUGCUGCCAAGGUGCCAGUGAUUUUGGAAAUGAUCGAAAAUGAGACUUGGGCUUCAGCCAUCAGUGUACGACACAAUGACAAGUCCACCUUUGCUUUGGAAGCUGUAAGAGAGCCGCGAACGUUCUUAACGUCCACUGCUUUUCUGCACUUUUUGACUCUGAUCCUGAAGAAGAACAAUGCACUUGAACCCCAGCACUACUCACUUCUCACCAAAAGAUGCUAUGCUGAGGCAAUCCUACGUGGAGACAAGGUGAUCGAAGCGAGAAGAGCAUCACAAAUAAAGAGCUUGAAAGUCGGAAUGACCCUGGCAAUGCAUUGGCGCACAAGUACUCGCAUCUAUUGCGAAGUGGUGUCACUGACCCAGUAUGACAAUGCGAAGAUCAUGGUUGACGAUGUGGGCCAUGCUGCCUUGGGGUUUGCCAAUCUCACUGACUGCUGUGAUGUCUACCACAAGUUUUACGGAGACAACCAGAAGAUGAUCGCAAUCGGAGUGAGCAACCCUCGUCGAGUGGAAGAUGUCCAGACUCUGAUCCUGAAGAAGAACAAUCAGCUUGGCCUAGGGCGAGAUGGACUUUUUUGCAACGCCCUGCCCCCCCCCUCCUUUUUGACUGAGCACCAGCAAGUCACUGCCAUCCCGACGGAUCCCGGGACGACCUUGUCGCCCGAAGAAAUGCAGGUGGCCUUGCGACGCCGCCUCCGCCUCCCCUUGCCCCUAGCCUCGCGCCACUGCGGCGGCGACAGGGGGUAUGGUUGCGGCGCCCCCUCGGACCCCUUCGGGGACCACGCAACCGCUUGCCAUCGCACCGGCCUGCUAGCCCGCCGUGCGAAAGUCGUCGAGCUGGCCUGGCUCCGGGUUGCGCGUGAAGCGGUCGGGGCUGAAGGCCGCGUCAUCGCCCAGCCACUCCUGGGGGAUACGAACAUACCGGGCGUGUCUUGCUCCGAUCAACGCCGAUUGGACAUCGUCAUCUAUGGGGCUGACCCCCACGGGGUGGCGCUCUGCGGGGACGCCACCCUGGUCGCGCCUUUGAAUCGGCGCGGGCAGCCUACUCACGGCUCUGCCACCCGGGACGGCGCGGCCCUGGAGGCCGCCGAGCGUCGCAAGCACCGGGCUUACCCGGAAUUGCUGCGCGGGGGGCCACAACGCCUCCUUGUCCUCGGCGCCGAAACGGGGGGGCGAUGGAGCCGCGACUGCUUCUCCCUCAUGCGCAUCUUGCUGACUGCCCGAUCGCGCCGCACGCCGUCCCUAGUGCGCCGGGCCAUGUGCUCUGGGUGGCAGCGGCGCUGGUGGGCGCUCCUCGCCUGUGCGGUGCAGCGUGCCGUGGCGAUGAGCGCCACCUCGGCGCCAUGGGCUUCCACGCCCCCUACGCCUGCCACACCCCCUUGCCCCUUGGCCAUCCUCUCUCUGGCUGACUUCGCGGGCCCCAGCCGCCUCGGCUUCCCUGCGUAG